UUUUCCCGCCCUAAUCGUCAAAGAUUUAUAUACGCCCACCCUGUCUCCCCACUUUCUCAACAGCGGCCAUCUCAAAAUUAGGGCUUAGGGUUUUGCGCUGAGCACCAGCGGAUCGAGAUGGAAACCCUAAUUCCCGAGCUCUCCCGCCUCCUGAAAGAAACCCUAAGCCCAGACCAAACCCUAGUCUCGUCCGCCGCCGACGGCCUCGAUCGCCUCUCCGAACUCCCUCGUUUCCCCUUCGCUCUCCUCUCCAUAGCCACAGGAAGUGAUAGCCAAGGGAUAAAGCUAGCUGCAGCUACAUAUUUGAAGAACUUCACUAGAUGCCAUGUUGAAGGAAAGCCAUCUACAUCUGAUCUCCACAUUGAGUUCCGUGAUCAACUUGCUCAAGCUUUACUUCAAGUGGAACCUGUGGUUCUGAAACUGUUGACUGAAGCGUUUCGUCCAAUCAUCGUUAAUGACUUUGUAAGGGAGAAUUCAUGGCCUGAUUUUGUACCUAAACUGAAGUCAGCGAUCGAAAGCAGUAAUCUUAUUAGUCAAGAUGCAAAUUCCCAGUGGAGCACCAUUAAUGCUCUUAAUGUUCUUCAGACAAUUGUUAAACCCUUCCAGUACUUUUUGAAUCCAAAAGUACCAAAGGAGCCCGUACCUUUGCAGUUGGAGCUAAUAGCUAAAGAUAUUCUUGUGCCUUUGCAAGCUUCUUUCCAUCAUUUUGUUGAUAAGGCGCUAUCAUGCCAAAACGAUCUUGGACUAGAAGUUGAGCAAGUUUUCCUUAUAUUUUGCAAAUGCAUGCAUUUUACUGUUAGGUCCUAUAUGCCCUCUGCAUUGUGUCCUCUGUUAUCUUCUUUUUGUGGAGAUCUGUUCCGGAUUCUGGAUUCGUUGAGGUUGACUUCUGCUCCUUCCGGAAGUCGAGACUUGAUCAGACUGAAGACUGCAAAAAGAAGUUUAACAAUCUUCUGUUCUUUGGUAACUCGGCAUAGAAAGCAUUCUCACAAGUUAUUGCCAAGCAUCAUAAAUUGUGCUAUCAGAAUUACCAAGAUGAGCCCUAAUGUUAGUAUGUUGGAACCUUUGUCAGAGCGGAUUAUUUCACUGGCUUUUGAUGUAAUCUCACAUGUAUUGGAAACAGGCCCUGGAUGGAGACUUGUAUCACCACACUUUUCUUCGCUUUUGAAUUCUGCUAUCUUUCCUGCAUUGACAUUAAACAAAAAGGACAUAUCUGAUUGGGAAGAAGAUGCUGAAGAAUAUAUACGAAAGAAUCUUCCUUCUGAGCUUGAUGAAAUCUCAGGAUGGUCUGAAAACUUAUUUACUGCUAGGAAAAGUGCAAUUAAUUUACUUGGUGUUAUUGCGAUGUCAAAGGGUCCACCUGUUGCAUCUGCAGUUUCUAAACGGAAGAAAAUUGACAAAAGUAAAAGAAAAGAGCAUCAAAGCUCUAUAGGAGAGUUAUUGGUGAUUCCCUUUUUAUCAAAGUUUCCCGUACCGUCAGAUGGAAAUGAGCCAUCAUCUAAGACAUUGCAGGAUUACUAUGGCGUUUUAAUGGCAUAUGGAGGCCUCCAAGAUUUCUUAAAUGAAAGAAACCCUGAUUAUACAUCUAUGUUGGUUCAAAAUCGAGUGCUUCCGCUUUAUUCACUGUGUUCAUGCUCUCCGUAUUUGAUGGCUACAGCAAAUUGGGUACUUGGUGCACUUGCAUCCUGUCUUCCUGAGGCUCUAAGUGCUGAUAUUUAUAAUUCAUUGAUGAAAGCAUUGGCCACACCAGACAUGGGAGAUGUUAAUUGUUAUCCUGUUCGCGUUGCUGCUGCUGGGGCCAUUGCUGAACUUCUUGAAAAUGAUUACACUCCCCCUGACUGGCUCUCCCUCUUGCAAGUCUUAGUUAACAGGAUAGAUAGUGGAGAUGAAAAUGAGUCAUCUCUAUUAUUUCAGCUUCUUGGCACAGUGAUUGAGUCUGCAGAAGAGAAGGUUGCUAAUCAUAUCCCAUUGAUUGUCUCCAGUGUUGCAGGUGUUAUUUCAAAGAACAUACCCCUCAUAUCAGAACCUUGGCCCCAGGUUGUUGAACGCGGCUUUACUGCUUUAGCAUCUACAGUGCAAAUAUGGGAGGAUUAUGUACUAGAUGAUAUUCAGCAACAGAACAACACAGAUUAUAUGUCUAGCUGUGCUUCAAUUGCUAGAAUAUUUUCAAGUUUGUUGCAGCAGGCUUGGCUGCUGCAACUAGAUUCAAUGGAGGAAACUAGUUCUAGUAUAUUACCGGCUUCGUCAGGUGUAGAUGAUGCUUCUCGUCUGCUUGGAUUUAUCAUGCGGUCUGUGAAGUCAAUGGAUAAAGUUGUAGAACUCAAAUUAAGAGAGUUAUUGGCAGUAUGGGCCAGCAUCAUUGCAGAUUGGCAAGCUUGGGAAGAGAUGGAGGAUUUGGCAAUUUUUAGUUCUAUCCAGGAAGCCGUCAAUUUACACAGACGAUGUGACUACAACAAUUUCUUCAUCGAGAGAGUGGCCUCUCAAAAUUCGUCUAAUGGCUUUAUGUGUUCCAUUAUUGAAGGCAUUUCAGCUUUUGUGAGUGCAGGAAUUAAUGCAUAUCCAUCUGCUGCCAGGAGGGCUUGUUCAUGUGUACAUGCACUAUUACAUGUUCCAAGGUUCUCAGUUGAGGCAGAGAGUAUCAGGCAGUCAAUAGCAGUUGCAUUCACAGUUUCUGCAUUCUCACGUUGUCGAGAUAUCCUACAGGAAAAUAACAAGAGAAGUGGGUUGUGUAAAUCCCUUAUCCUGGCUAUUUCAUCAUGCUAUAUAUUAUACCCUGAGAACAUUGAACGUGUUUUGGAGAAGGAAGAGGAUAAAGGCUUCAUACUUUGGUUAACAGCUCUAGCAGAUUUAUCAACAAGCUUCUCUGAAUCUGGUCUGUCAGAGUCUGAGAUCAAGUUAGCUGUGAUAACAUUGACAAAGGUGGUGGAGCAUCUGUUGCAAUACCCUUCAGAUAGAGAUGAUGAAGUUCUGCAUAAAUGUUUUGUUUCUUUAAUUGAGGCAACCAUUCAUCUGAAAGAAGUUCAGGAGAAUGAUAGAGCUUCAGAUGAAGAUAUUGAUAAUGGUGGUGAUGAUGAUAAUGACAAUGAAGAAGAGUCUGACUAUGAUGAGGAUUCCGAGGAUGAGGAGCUUGAAGAGACCGAAGAAGAGUUCUUGGAUAGAUAUGCAAAAGUAGCUGCUGACUUGGAGGACAACAUGGUUGAAGAAGGAGACUUGGAAGAUGAAGAACAUGAGCUUGAUUUAGGUCCAUUUGAGGAAAUCGACAUACAAACAACCAUAUUAGAUUUCAUAAGUAGGCACCAUCAAAUCCUUUUGAGGGAUAAAGUGCUCCCGCCUAAUAUUGUCACAGGAUUUGUCAACAGCUUUCCUCAGUGUAGCUUCUUAUUCCAGGCCUCUUAAUUGAAACAAGUGUUUAUUUGUUGCUCUUAAGUUGUUGAAUUUGAUAUUGCGCAUCAUUCUUGUGCGAUAAUUUUUUUUUAAAGUUGUGUUAUGUAAUCUUGCAGUUAAAUGUUAAUCAUUGGUGAAUUCCUUCAGAUAGUGUGAAGUAUUAGGUGCCGUCUUACGGGGCCCUGUAAAGAACUUAAUACAGAAAUCUUUGCAAGGACUUCGUAAAAUUUGCGACCUUAUGAAUAUACACAGAUUUGCUUGGUGUGAUAUUAA